AUGUCCGACUUCACCACCAAGGCAGUCGACACCAUCAGAGUGCUCGCAGCAGACACCGUCGCCAAGGCCAAUUCGGGCCACCCGGGCGCCCCUAUGGGGAUGGCACCAGCAGCACACGUGUUGUUCUCGCAGAUGAAGACGAACCCUAAAAACCGCAAGUGGAUCAACAGAGACCGGUUCGUGCUCUCCAACGGCCACGCAGUGGCGCUCUUGUACGUGAUGUUCCACCUGAUGGGCUACCCGAUCUCCAUCGAGGACCUCAAGCAGUUCAGACAGCUCCACUCCAAGACCCCGGGCCACCCGGAGUCGGGCACGCCGGGCAUCGACGUGACCACGGGUCCGUUGGGCCAGGGGAUCUCGAACGCCGUGGGCAUGGCCAUUGCGCAGGCCAACUUCGCCGCCAAGUACAACAAGCCUAACUACAAGAUCUCCGACAACCACGUCUACUCCUUCUUUGGAGACGGCUGCAUGAUGGAGGGUGUUGCGUCCGAAGCCUGCUCCUUGGCCGGCCACUUGCAGUUGGGCAACUUGAUUGCCUUCUACGACGACAACAAGAUCUCCAUCGACGGUGCCACCAGCCUGGCCUUCACCGAGGACGUCGGCGCCAGAUUGACCGCCUACGGCUGGCAGGUCCUCGAGGUGCCCGACGCAGACACCGACUACGAGGCCAUUGCCAAGGCGCUCGAGAAGGCCAAGGCCACCACCAACAAGCCUACCUGCAUCAAGAUCACCACCACAAUCGGCUUUGGCUCCUUGAACGCAGGCAGCGCCUCUGUCCACGGCUCCCCAUUGAAGCCAGACGACAUUGUCCAGUUGAAGAAGAAGUUCGGCUUCGACCCUGAGAAGUUCUUCGACGUCCCAUCCGACGUCUACGACUACUGGAGACUCAUUGCCGACAAGGGCGAAAAGGCCAACCAGGAGUGGGACUUGAUGUUCGAAGCCUACUGCCAGGAGUACCCUGAAGAGGGCGCAGAGAUCUCCAGAAGAUUGUCCGAAAAGUUGCCUGAAAACUGGGAAAAGCUGCUCCCAGUAUACACCCCACAGGACAAGGCUUUAGCCUCCAGAAAGAUGUCCGAGAUUGUUCUCGGCAAGCUCGAACAAGCCUUGCCAGAACUCAUUGGUGGUUCUGCAGACUUGACGCCUUCCAACUUGACCAGAUGGACCGACGCCGUCGACUUCCAACCUCCAGCCCUCGGCAUCGGCUCCUACGCCGGCAGAUACAUCCGUUACGGUGUCCGUGAACACGCCAUGGGUGCCAUCAUGAACGGUAUUGCCGCUUACGGCGCCAACUUCAAGGCCUACGGUGGUACCUUUUUGAACUUUGUUUCCUACGCCGCGGGCUCCCUCAGACUCUCGGCCUUGUCCGGCCACCCAGUCAUCUGGGUCGCCACGCACGACUCCAUCGGCCUGGGUGAGGACGGACCAACCCAUCAGCCAAUCGAAACCCUGGCCCACUUCAGAGCCAUUCCAAACUUGAUGGUCUGGAGACCAGCCGAUGGUAACGAGGUUUCCGCAGCAUACAAGGUUGCCCUCGAGUCCACCGUCACCCCAUCCGUCAUUGCCUUGACCAGACAGGGCAUCCCACAGUUGGAAGGCUCCUCCAUCGAAAAGGCUGCCAGAGGUGGUUACGUCCUAUCCGACGUCGAGAACGCAAGAUUGAUCUUGGCCGCCACCGGUUCCGAAGUCUCUCUUGCCGUCGACGCCGCCAAGGAGCUCACAGCCGGAGGCUUGCCAACGCGUGUUGUCUCCUUGCCAGACUUCUUCACCUUUGACCACCAGUCCGCCGACUACAAGAAGAGCAUCUUGCCAGACGGCAUCCCUGUCCUGAGUGUUGAAGUCAUGACCACUUUCGGCUGGGGCAGAUACGCUCACGCCCACCUGGGUCUCGACCACUUUGGUGCCUCUGCACCUGCCAAGGACAUCUUCAAGGCCUUUGGUUUCACCACCGAAGACGUGGUCGCCAAGGCCAAGAAAGUCGACGCUUACUACGCCGACAAGGAGGUACUCUCCAGACUAGACGGUCCUUUGUCUUACUAA